AAUAUAAGAGAUUGUGGGGGCAAAGGUGAAAAGUGGGCGAGCCGAGUCAAGAAGAGUAAGAGUCGGCAUCCAUUACCCCGUGAUUACAGGGGUUUUUGUUUUUGACGCUUUUCAAGGGUUUAGGGCUUUAGCCUUUCCAAUUCCCAUUCCCAUUGCUCCACCUCUGUUGGCUUGGCUUGGCUGCAAGAAUCACCAGGACGGCACUCUCUUUCUCUCUCUCUCUCUCUACCCUUUCUUUCUUUUCCUCACCAACUUCUCUUCUCUUCCUUAUUAUUAGGGUUUCCUUACCCUAAGGCGGCUAGGGUUUCUGACUCAUAUCCUAAUUUGACUCUUAUUCUAAUUCAACUUUGCUUAUACACUCAAAUCUUCCAUUCUCUUUUAAACAUAUCCGAUCCUUAUAUUCUCAUAUACACAAUUCAAUUCAUACAUCACACACUUUCCCAUUUGUUUUUCUUCGUUUUUGUGGACAAUUUUGAUUUUUUGCACCAAAUAUUCAUGUGGGGUUUCCCUAUCUUUCUCUGAUCAUUCAUUAAACUUCCAAACACAGUCUUUGAUUUUUCGAGUGUUUUUUUAUAUGAUAUAGCAAUCUGGGUUCCUACCUUUAUAUUCUGUUUCAAUCGUAGUGUUCUUGAUUAGAGUUAAACUUCGAUUAUUUCUGUGAUCAAUAUCAUAUAUAAAAUUUAAAAUUCUGAUUGUGAAACAUGAGUUUUCCUGACUCUCGUUCCCAAUUUAUGCAACCUAUACCGGCUUAUGUUGGUGGCACGGACGCCAUUAAUUGUUGGCCUCAAUUUUCAAUGAACAAUGAAGACCAACAAUCUGAAUUUGAGCAGCAGCCACAACCUCCUCCAUUCAAGAGAGCGAGAAAUUCUGAUGAUGAAAGCCAAUCCAAUUCUUCACCUUUUCCACCUAUGAACACUAGAAUGAUCCCACCAAAUGCUCCAGUCAAUAAGGGUGUCAGUAACAUAUUCUUCAAGACCCGCUUAUGUGCCAAAUUCAAAGUGGGGUUGUGUAGAAACGGUGAAAAUUGCAACUUUGCUCAUGGAAUAGAAGACAUGCGACAACCUCCUCCUAAUUGGCAAGAACUUGUUGGUGGACGUGAACGUGAUAAUGAGGAUCGAUCAUCAUCUGGGAAUUGGGAAGAUGACCAGAAAAUAAUUCACAGGAUGAAGCUUUGCAAAAAGUUUUACAAUGGGGAGGAGUGUCCUUAUGGUGAUAGGUGUAACUUUCUUCAUGAGGACCCUGCUAAGUAUAGGGAUGAUUUGGGUAGAUUUAGGGAGAGCUCAGCCAUAAGCAUUGGAACCACACCACCACCACCACCGGUUAAUCAGGGAAAUGUGCCUAGUAAUUCAGAUGAUAAUAGGGCUGUGAACUCUGUUUCAGAUUCAUCAAGAGCGAUUGUGAAACCAGUGUAUUGGAAGACAAAGUUAUGUAACAAAUGGGAACAAACAGGUCACUGCCCUUUUGGUGAGAAAUGUCACUUUGCUCAUGGGUAUGCAGGUACACAGUCUGCUUUACACAAGUUGCAAAUGGCUAAUGGAAGAGUUGAACCAGACUCUCUGAAUAUUGGCUCCUUACAGUCAAAACCUCAUGCUGUUGCUAUUGAUUCUCUUCCGAGUGCAACAACUGCAGCUGCUUUUGAUGAAGAUGUGCAGGGUAAGAAGUGUCUGUUGAAGUGGAAAGGACCGAAGAAGAUCAACCGAAUUUAUGGCGACUGGCUUGAUGAUCUUCCGCUAGUGCACAACCUACCGAGUAGAGUAGAGAGUUGACGGAAUGGAAAUCAUGUUCUUUCUGGUUUAGAAAUUUUAAAAAAUUUUGUACCAAAAGAAAAGUUUUUGUGUUAAUUUUUUCUUCUUCUGCUGUUUGCUUUGAGUUCAUUUAGCUUUCUGUUUCUUUACAGUGAUGCUAUAUUCUUUUCCCUUGCAUUUCUUCUUAUUGAAGGUUUGUGAGAUAUAGUAGGAUUGCAAAUUUUGAACUAGAUAUUGGUUCUGGAAGUGUCCAAUAAGAGUCUUCGAUAGCAAGUGUGAUAAUCAAGGUUAGUGUUCAUGUCCGCACUGAGAUCUUCAUAGAUAAUGAUUUUGACCAUUUUAGAUUAUCCAAGCAAUACAUUGGAUACUCUUGUUCUUCAUAAUUUGGUAUAAGGUUGUUUUAAUGCAACAA